AUGUCGUCCAAAGACUUUAUCAUCAAGCAUAUGAAUGCCGACCACCAAGACUCCCUCGCCCUAUUCCUACAAGCCUACAACAGCAUCUCCGCCAGCGAAGCCAAAACCGCCCACCUGGAAGACAUCAGCCUCACAGGCCUAACAAUCACAGCCAAAGGCACGCGCUAUCAUGUCCCAAUCGAGCCAGCAAUGAAAUCCUACUCCGAUGCCCGCGGCUGCAUGGUCGCUAUGCACAAAGAGAGCCUCAAACGCCUUGGUCGCAGCGACGUAACCCUCACCGAAUACCGAGGCCCGCGCGGCUUCCAAGCUGUGAUCUUUGGACUGUGUCUGUUCACCUACGCCAGCUGUUUCCAGCGCACCAACUUGCUUCCUGGCUCCGUGGUCUACGAGUACUUGGGAUACAAGUACGUGCCUAACUUUGCGCAUUUCGUCUACAAUAUCCAGCCGUACCUGUUUCCUGCGGUUGUGGCCAUUCAUAUUUUUGAAUCGGUGUUGUUGGCGGUCUUGCGCCUGAAGCCGCUCGGUGUGCCUGUUUUCUCGGGGUUGUGGUUUGCUUGGGUUUCGUCGUGCUUUGUGGAGGGCUUUGGGUGUUUCCAGCGGAUUGGGAGUAUCGUUAAGAAGGAGAGGGCGAAGAGGGGCAAGAGUGAGUAA